GCGCCGCUCCGCGCACGGAGAAGCUGAGUUGGAGGAUCAUGGCGGAGCGCAGGAGGCACAAGAAGCGGAUCCAGGAGGUCAGCGAACCCACCAAGGAGGAGAAAGCGGUGGCCAAGUACCUUCGAUUUAACUGCCCCACCAAGUCCACCAAUAUGAUGGGUCAUCGCGUCGACUACUUCAUCGCCUCCAAGGCCGUGGACUGUUUGCUGGACUCCAAGUGGGCCAAGGCUAAGAAGGGAGAGGAGGCGGUGUUCACCACCAGGGAGUCGGUGGUGGAUUACUGCAACAGACUUUUGAAGAAGCAGUUCUUCCACCGAGCUCUUAAGGUUAUGAAGAAAAAACCAGAAAAAGACACCAAGAAAGACAAGGAGAAAGAAAAAACCAAGAGCGACAGCAGCAAGGAGGAGGAGAAGAAAGGGAAGAAGGAGAAAGAGAAAGAGAAGAAAAAAGAGCCUGAGGGGGGUGAAACCAAGAAAGAAAAAAGUGAUGACAGUCCUGGGACUCCCAAGAAGAAGAAAGAGGUGAAGAAGAAGUUUAAACUGGAGCCUCAUGAAGAUCAGCUGUUUCUGGAUGGAAAUGAAGUAUACGUCUGGAUCUAUGAUCCCGUUCAUUUCAAGACAUUUGCUAUGGGCCUGAUCCUCGUUAUUGCGGUGAUAGCAGCCACACUCUUCCCACUGUGGCCAGCAGAAAUGCGAGUUGGAGUGUACUAUCUAAGUGUUGCAGCUGGCUGCUUUGUGGCCAGUAUCCUGCUUCUAGCUGUCGCCCGCUGCAUCCUCUUCCUGAUCAUCUGGGUGGUGACCGGCGGGCGCCAUCACUUCUGGUUCCUCCCCAACCUGACGGCAGACGUCGGCUUCAUCGAUUCAUUCAGGCCGCUCUACACUCACGAGUACAAAGGACCAAGAGCCAAAGACAAGAAGGGCUCCGACAAAACCGAAGACAAGGACAGUGGCGCCUCCACCCAGGCUCAGAAGUCAGACAGCGACGAGAAGUCGGACAGCGAGAAGAAGGAUGCCGAUGAUGAGGAAGAGGACGAGGAAGAGGAGAGUAAAGAUGCGGGGCGGGAGGAGAGCAAAGGGACGAAAGGGGAGGGAACAGACGACCGGCAAUCAGACACUGACAGUGACCGUCGAGAGGACGAAGGCUCGCAGCACAGCAACGGAAACGACUUUGAGAUGAUCACCAGGGAAGAGCUGGAGCAGCACACGGAGGAAGAGGAGGAAGAGGGGGAGGAGGAAGAGGAAGAUGAAGAGACACAAGUGAGGAAAGAAGAGGGGGAGAGUGAGACUAAACCCCAGACUGUUGAAACAUAAACUUCUUCUAGUCCCAUCACCCUCUUCUGUCCUCCUUCCUGCCUCCACUCCCCGCUGUGUUUCCAGGUCCUGCUAGUCCGGCCGCCGAGGCCACGGAGAAGCUCCAUCUCUUGUUUUUGAGAUCUUCCACUUAACAGCAAAGGAUAGAAAACACUCGAAAGUUUAACGCCUACGACAAUGGGGAAAAACAUUUCAAAAGAAGCCUUAUGGUGGAUCUGAUUCCUCCCACCAAAAUGUUAUUUAUGUCAAGAUAAAAUUGUGGGCAGACGUGUUCGCCUGAUCAACCCAUCAGAACGCCUCCUCUGGUGGUUGUUUAGCCUCAUGUCAGUGAAACUCAACAUGUUCAUGUCCCCCGUCACGGGUUUCAUUCGGAUAUUUUGUAUAUUAGGUCAAAUCCAGAUGAUAGAGGAUCUGUAAUGUUGAACCUAAUAUUUAGAGAAGAUUUGCUGGCACUUCUGUCAUUUUGGUUUUCCAUAUUGUAUCCAGAAAAAGUCAAAGAAACCCCCGUUUGUUAAAUUUGUGUGCUCUCGUGGCGAGCCAGCUUCACAUUUACGCUGAAUGCCGGCAAGUCUGAGCGCUUUGUUUUGAAACCUGUACGAAGUCGGAUGGACCAAAUCCUGUAGAUCAUCCAAAAGAAAACUAAAAAGGUGACCGUGUUUGCGGAUCAUCGAAUGUUUGGACGGCAGAAAAGUACGGCCCUUUUUUGAGGUACUAGCCAUUUUCAGUUUUUCUAAAUGGCUCACGAUUAUAGUGCAAUCUUCCAUUCAGUGUGAAAUAUUUUUAGUUUGUCUUUCCUUUGAGAGUAAAUGUGAGCGACUGGGACACAGCUGGCAUACUUCACUUUUUUUAUUAACUGCAGAAUUUUCUAAACGACAAAAGCUGAAUCAUUACAAACAGAACCAGAUAUGAUAUAUAGUAAACUAGUGCCAAACAGCAGAUAACGUGGAGAGGGAUGGGUGCAUUUUCUUCUUCUUUUUUUAUUCAUUUGUAACAGUAGUGUCAAACUCCUCAAAUCUUUCACAAAACAAACAAGAAAAAGCACAGCACAAGAUUAUUUGUGUGCAGCUAAACAAAGAUUUUUGGUCUCAAUGAAACCAUUUAAAAUGUGUUUUAGCACUAGACUUGCAUCCACAUGAGUCCGAUCUAGUCUUUCACAAGCCGUCAUGUAAAGAUAGUGAGCGUACUAUUUAAAUCCAGCCGCUGCUGGUGCCUGUGGUCCAUUUACCGAGGUCCAAACUGCUCCCUCACGUGAUCUUCUGGCUAGAAAUGACUUAGAUGCUCUUUUUAGUCAUAGCGAGGAUUAUAUUUAAGUAUAAAACAUAGAAAUAUAUCAUUUAUAUAUGAAUUCUAUUGAUAUAUCGGAUAUAUGCAUACACUAGUCAAAGCCUAUGAAGCGAGAAUCUUUCUUCUUUUCUUUUGUUAGGAGGUGUAAUAUUAUUCCCCAGGUCUGUCAUCGUCAUAUGAUCAUCGUGUACUCGUUUAAAGUAACAUCUAUCAUCAUUUUUUACUAUAUUGUGAAGUGUGUGAUCUGGUUGGUUGUAAGCUGCCAUGUCUCUCGUUAACGGUGGUCAGACAGUAACAGGAGCUGACUUUUGCCAGAUCUCACAUAAUCUGAUGAAAUACUGAUUUUAAUAUAUUCCACGUCGCUUUUUGUAUGUUGUUCUUUUUGUUUAGUCCUAAAACAAACUUGUCCAGAUUGUGUUUGGUAGUUUUGUCUGCUGUAAUCCCACUGCGGUUUGUAGGAUUUCUCUGCUUCUCACUCAACAUGCCACCUCGUCGUCGUCCUGUUUGUUUUUGUCUUUUCUUUCCUUCCCUAAACGGGCAAAGUGCAUCUGUUUCCAGUGGCUGUGCUCUGAGUAUUGGCAUAAUUAUUUUACAUAAAAAGAGACGGUUCUCCCCCUUUUUUUCUCGACUGUUGCACAGUAUCAGUCCAUUGUGUAUCGUAGUAUUAUGACUCUCUCUCUGCUGCUGCUGCUUCUCAUCACACAUUUCUGAGGGAAAUAAAAGUGAUAACGUAAAAACUUCCUCAUUUCGUCUUCGGUCAAGAACCACGUCUUCUGAUCAAGUAGUUGUCCACAUUUGGAUCGAUAUCAUUCUGAAGACUGUCUCCUGCAAUAUCAGGAGUGUAAUUUAAUAAAAUUGGAUGUCUGGAAUAUCUGUAUGUUAUCAUUGCAAUAAAAAUAGACAAAGCACU